CUUGCUGCAAGUAGGUUGGCUCCUUCCCAACUGACUUGAAUCUCGCACAAAGGAGAUCUGCUGCCAUCUCGCCCUGUCCGCAGUUUCGCCUCGGCGUGUGUGUGUGUGUGUCUUUUCCCCUUGUCUGUCUCCUUCCUCUCCCCUUUAAACCCUCCCCCGUGUUGAGCAUCUUCCCCUUCUCUCCUCACCUCUCCACCCUGAAAGAUGUCGGCAUGUUUUAUGAAUGAACGCUGGGCUCGAUGUUACUGCCUUUAAAGUCACCGCAGGAAGAUCGAAGAAAGCGGGACAAUAUCGUUUAAGAAAGGAGAGCGUGAGAAGAAUGCGAGGAAGCCAGACCUGGUGAUCCUAACCAGAGAAGCCACCUGCAAGGAUUCUGGAGCUGAUGACAUUUGAGAGGAGACGUGUUUAAACCAGUCAACAUCCAAAGCCCUUCUCGGUCGCCAGUUCCACUGGGCAGCUGGAUUCCUGCAAUUCGCUCAACUUGGAACAUCUGCAAGAUGACAUGGCGGCCCCCCUACCACAGCUCCAAAUUCCGCCACGUCUACGGGAAGCCCGCCAAUAAGGAGAAUUGCUACGAUGGGAUUUCCAUCACCAGGAGCGUUCAAGACAACUAUUUCUGUUCCGUAAACCCAAAGUUCAUCGCUGUUGUGACCGAGUGUGCAGGAGGAGGAGCUUUCUAUGUCUUACCUAUCAGCCAGACAGGAAAGAUCGAUCCACAUCAGCCAAAGGUCUGUGGUCACAAAGGAAAUGUGUUGGACAUCAAAUGGAAUCCAUUUGACGACUACGUCAUUGCUUCUAGUUCAGAGGACAGCACGGUUAAGAUAUGGGACAUUCCGAAACAUGGCGUCACGAAAAACAUAACUACUUCAAAACAAGACCUCCAUUCCCAUUCACGAAGAGUGGGGAUUAUUGAAUGGCAUCCGACCGCCAGGGACAUCUUGUUCAGUGCUGGAUACGAUUACCGGAUAAUAAUCUGGAACCUGAGUUCAGGAGAGUCGCUGAUCAGCAACCCAGUGAGAAUCCUGGAUUGCCACAAGGAUGCAAUUCUCUCCAUGUCCUUCAACACCAAUGGCAGCCACUUGGUGACUUCGUGCAAGGAUAAGAGGAUUCGAGUCAUUGACAGUCACACAGGGAAGGUUUUACAGGAAUCCAACCACUUGGCACACAGGGCCAUCAAGGUCGUGCACCUGGGCAAUUUGAAAAUGAUCCUGUCGGUGGGAUAUUCCAAGUGGAACAAUCGGCAAAUCGUUCUCUGGGAUCAGGACAACAUAGCUGUGCCUUUACGGGAGGAGGAAUUGGAUGGAUCUCUGGGAGUGCUCUUUCCAUUCUAUGAUCCAGACACCAACAUGCUUUACCUGGCAGGGAAGGGUGAAGGCAAUAUCCGAUACUACCAACUGACCUCCGAGAAACCGUACCUUCACUUCUUGAUGGAUUUUCGCUCUCCAUUACCUCAGAAAGGAAUGGGUAUAAUGCCAAAGAGGGGCCUGAACGUCACUGCCUGCGAAGUCUUCAGGUUCUACAAGUUGGUGACAAUCAAGGGCCUCAUCGAGCCUGUCUCCAUGAUUGUCCCGCGGCGGUCAGAUUCAUACCAAGAUGAUAUCUACCCACUGACUGCUGGAGCACAGCCAGCAAUGACUGCGCAGGAGUGGCUAAAUGGAUUCAACAAAGAUCCCAUACUCGUAUCUUUAAAGCCCGGUUCUAACAACCAGCAGUGUAUUACCAAGAAUAAAAGCAAUGAUCUGUGCAAGCUGCCUGACUUCAUUAGAAGAGAUCACGUGGCAAUGAAUGCAAUCCAACAAAAGCAGGAGCAAACGCAUACAGAGAAAGUACAAGAGCAGAAGAGGAAUUAUAUAUCAAAUGGGUACGAUCUGUCAGAGGGUCCACCCCCUAAAACGGAGAAUGAGCUUCUGCAGAUGUUUUACCGACAGCAGGAUGAGAUUCGGAAACUACGGGAGACGCUGGCACAGAAGGAAGUCCGGGUGAAGCAGCUCGAAUUGGAGAUAAAAAACGUCCGUUUCAGUUCCAUUGAUUAUUGAGAAAGCAGUGAAGGGGCAGGGUGAAGGAGGAAGAAACUAUGGCAACAUAACUCGCCCAUUAAAUGGCGCUCUUCGCGGAGCUGCAGUCUACUUGAAUAUAAUUAUAUUUUUAUUGAGGGAAAAAAAGAUGUUUAAUUUGUAAAACUUUACUUACUGUACAGGGUGUACACUUUUUUUGUUUCUUAUUUAUCUCUUUUAUAUGAUAGUGUAAAUUGAUUUUUUUUUUCAACCCUGCUACUGGCUUUGGUAUGAUCUACAGUUCAGAGCUUUACAGUGUCGUUGCAUCUCAUUUACUUUGGUGGUUACUGCAGCUUUUAUUGUGUGGAUGAAAUAUAAAUGCUUUUUUUUUUAAUGCUUGCCAUCAGAGGCUGAUUCACACACAUUUAUCAGGGCUCCUGUAAUAAAAGAAACCAACCAUUAUGCUCAAAGGGAUAAAUUAGAUGCAAGAAUAUCGAUCGGCCUUUUUAUAUAUUAUUUGUUUUGAACUCUUGGUCCUUUUUUAAAUCAAGAACUGUGUUGACCUGGAAGGUCAGCUUUUAGCUUGAAAUAUUGUCAUCAGAUGAUGCUAUUUUUCAUUAAUAACUUUAGCAACUUUUGUUCUCCUCAGUCUGAGUUCUGCAGCAUCAGUUUUCCAGGACCCGCCACUUGCACUAUGAGCAAGCUGCACCUGAUUCACAGGGACAAGUUCCCAUUUGAAAGGGUUAGCCUUCAGUUCAAGAAAAGACAUUGAACAUAAUGAGCAUUGUGUGGAUUUAACCCGAGCCUACCUUUUGUUUUCAGCACUACUUUUCUUUUAGUGAAAGAAAAUUUUAGUCACACAGUUCCCUUUUUUAAAUAAAAGUUUUAAAACACCAUCAAGAUCCUUUGAUUAGCCAAAUGUUAAUGGUUUUACAAAGUGUGCUGAUGCAUAGACAUGCCAACUGGGUCUUGCUAUAUUAAGUAGCUAACGCCUUCAACUAAUUUUAUUUAAUCCAAGAAAUGGUGAAUGUGACUUGUCAUACUGCACAGCAAACAUGCACAGCAUUGUGUCCUAUUACAUUGUAAGGUGAUGUGUCUCAGUUUCAGUGACAUGCUGCAAAUGUGCAUUGAAGAAUAACACCAAACAAUGGGCCAGUAUCCUGUUGCAUUCUCAACUUUUGAAGCCACAAUGGUCUUUUCAAUAAAAACAAACCUGUUUGAAUACUCAGAGGGCGUUGGAGAGGAAACCCACCCACCCCUUGCCAGGCUUUGUUGCAUUCCCACCUCUCUCUUCCAGCUUUCUUCUCUCGAGUACAAUCAGCCUGAGGAUGGGUCCCAACCUGAAACUUUGCCAGUGUAUAGCCUCCACAGAUGCUGCUUCACUCACUGAGUUCCUCCAGCACUUUGUGUUUUGCCCAAGAUUCCAACAUCUGCAAUUCCUUAUGUCUCCUUCAAAUAUUUUAGGAUGCUUCCUGUGUAAAUGAGACUGGCCUGAAAUGACGGCCAUUUCCCUUUCUAAAAGAAAUGCCAGUCAUUCUUUUUUUCCAAUUCAGUUAUUUUUGUUCUUUCCAGGUAAAAUACACCUGGAUGCAUUUGAGAUGGCCCUACUUUGCUUUGAUUCAGCAUUCCUUGGGACAAAUUAAUAUAAUUUAAUUGAGAUAUUUUACUGUGAACUUCUUUUCAUUGCAGCUCAUGUGAAAUUUGCACUGGGUCUGAUGGAUCUUGUUGGCUUUCUGCGAUAAAUUGUGAAUGUUGCCUUUUACUUUCCCGCUGAUUUUGUCUUGCUGUAAGUUUCUGAGAUUUUCAGGUAUCGAUAAAUGUCCAAAAGGAACAAAAGAAAAAUCAGCACAAGCCAAGUUUGUCACCUUUGGCUUAGCAAGUAGUUUAUGAGAUUUAUUGACCCAAGUGGUACCGGCAGAAUUUUUUUUCCCAUGGCAUAUUUUAAUUACUCGUGGUUCAUAGAACUUGCUGAUCUGUUCAUAUUUUUGAUAUAAGUAGAUUAAGCAGCACAUUACUGUUGUCUCAAUAGUUUUGAUGGUGGUUAGUUUAGGAUUUGCAUUACUGGAGUCAUAGAAUCAUACAGCACAGAAACAGGCUUUUCGGCCUACCUCAUCCAUGCUGACCAAAAUACCCAUCUAAGCCAGUCCCAUUUGACCCGUAUCCCUCCAAACCUUUUCCUCUCCAUGUUCCUGUCCAAAUGUCUUUUAAUGUUGUUCUUGUAGCUGCCUCAACUACUUCCUCUGUAAUGCCUUUAUGACCUCAGGUCAUCCCAAAGUGCUUUACAGCUAAUGAAAUGUAGCCACUUGUAAUGCAGGAAAUACAAUAGCCAACGAGCUCCUACAAAGAGCCAUAGAAGCAAGUGGAAAAUGUUGCGACAUAAAAUCAUUGAUUCGAAGCUGCUUCAUAUUUAACUGCCUUGAUAUUAUCCUUUGCCAGAACAGCGGCCCCUGAUCAAUGCCACUGCUGCAGAGAAGCAAUUCUGUUUGUUCUAUUUUGCGGUCAAAA